AUGAUAUUUCACUCUUCAACAGAAAUUUAAAAACCACAGACACUUCUUCUUUUUUCUUUCUUUAAGAGCCAAAGGAAAAACAAACGGAGAAAUGCUUCUGUGCAACCCUUCACCGAUGAUUCAAAUUCAGUGUCGGUGUAAAACUCUAACUGCUUCUUCUACAACCAUAAUCAAAUCCAUGGUCACCGACAGAACCGCCACCUCUGCACAGCCAAGAAAAGCCACGUCAUCCGCCUUCGAAGCUCGCGUCUCUCUCAUAUUCGCUCUCGCUUCUCAGACCUCCAAUGUGUCCCAGCGACUUUUAUUCGAUUUGGCGAAUGAGACAGCAAAAUACGUGUUCCCUAAGAGAUUCGCGAGCCGGAAUUUGGAGGAAGCACUCAUGGCUGUUCCGGAUCUUGAAACGGUGGAGUACAAGGUGCUGAGCAGGAGAGAUCAAUACGAGAUUAGAGAAGUUGAGCCUUAUUUUAUAGCAGAGACAACAAUGCCAGGGAAGACUGGAUUUGAUCUCAAUGGCGCUUCCCAGUCUUUCAAUGUAUUAGCCGAGUACUUGUUUGGUAAGAACGUAACAAAGGAAAAAAUGGAAAUGACUACACCUGUUUUCACGCGUAAAGUUCAAUCUGAUGGAGAGAAAAUGGAAAUGACAACACCUGUGAUAACAAAGAAGGUGGAAGAUCAGGAUAAGUGGCAGAUGUCCUUUGUCAUGCCUUCCAAGUAUGGUGCUGACUUACCGUUGCCUAAAGAUAAAACAGUGAAGAUAAAAGAGGUGCCAAAGAAAGUUGUUGCAGUUGUUGCCUUUUCAGGUUUCGUUACUGAUGAAGAUGUCAAACAACGGGAAUUGAAGUUACGAAAUGCUUUGAAAAAUGACCCGCUGUUUAGGGUGAAAAAGGGUGCUUCGAUGGAAGUUGCGCAGUACAAUCCCCCCUUCACACUUCCGUUUACACGCCGUAACGAGAUUGCAAUAGAAAUAGAGAGGAAGGAAGAAUAGCUAUUUUGAUUCUAGAAUCUUGAGCUUGUUGUACAAGGAUAAGCAUUGGGGCAUGACUUCAUGUAGUGGGAUAUUAAUCAAUCAAUCAAUCUAAUAGUUGCCCCCCUCUCUCUCUGUGGUUAUAUAUUUCUGGUUCACAGGGUGAGCAACACAAUAAUACUUGACUAACCCGCAAAAACAACAACCUACUUUAAGUGGAAUUUAAACCUGACACCUCCCAUUAAGCUAGGAUGGGAGCAAGUUCAGGGUGUCAAUUGAAAAAACUUUUGUAUAUUCUAAGUGUAUAUCUUUAUUUAGAAGAAAUUAUUUUAGCCCAUCAUCCUGAAAGGAAGUUCUUUGAAGUCCUUUAGAACCAUCCCUGUAUGUUAUAUUUUGAAGGAGAAAACCAAGUGUAA